UUGAGUUUCUUAGAGGAAAAACAUUUUCUUUUGGCACAUUAGUGUCACAGUACAGUUUUUUGCUGCAGUUUUUUCUCGAUUUUCCAGAAAGCCUGUCUUUUCCCAGUACUUUUUACUUAAAUGUACAUGGAAAAAAAUACAAACCAAAAUCUGCUUUUUCAGACAUAGGAAUUCAUCCCUCUGAACUGGAGGUUCCAACGAUUGACAAGGAUUAUGCUUCUGCAUUUAUAAAUCUUAAUGAUAUGUCACAGAGGAUGAAAGAACUUGAGAAUAAUGUGAAUAGCUUUUUUUCACUGGUUUCUAGAUUUCUGCCAGACUCUCUUAUGGCUCCUUUCAUACUUGCAAAGGGUUGUGCAAAGAUUUCAGCUCUGAAACUUGUAGCCAAUGCCAUUAGUUCUUUGGAAGAAGCCGAUCUUAGGAACCUUAUGGUACUAUUCUCUAUUUCAGGCAAUAUUGAGCUUUGCCUAAAUGAUAGUCCAGGACUGGUUGAAAGUAUCCGACCAGCUCUUGAACAGCACAAGGAAUUGUUUAAAAAAUGCAGCCUGUGUAAUGUUAACUUGAGUGUAGCAGAACAAGAGCUACUUCUGUCUAUGUCUUCAGUGGAAUCUCUUGAGAUAAAGGAAGAAGCCAAAGUGCCAGAAUUGCUUUUUACAAAUUUGGACAAAUUCACCUGCUUAAAGGGAUUAUCAGUGUAUGUACAGAAUGGUCAAAAUGUGUUUAACAUCAUGCCCAGUGGCUUUGGAAAUAUUCAUAGCAUGGAGAGAUUGUUGAUUGAUAAUGUGAACUUUUCAGAUAGUUCUUCCAGGCUGGUUGGAUUCAUUCAGGGAUUUCAGAACCUCCGUGUCUUUCAUCUGAACACUUCCAGCUUCCUUGACUGUGACUCUCUUCUGGCUACAGUUUCUUCUUGCAAAAAAUUAAUGGAAAUCAGGUUUACCGGAUCAUUUAUGAGAGACCGAGACAUGUUAUCCUUUGCUGAUAUUCUGCCAAAUUUUCUGUGUCUCAAAGUGUUAGACCUUAAUGAGCAAUACAUUACUGAUGAGGAAGCUUCCCAAGCCUUUGCAUCUGCUUUAGGGUGUCUUGUAAAUCUGGAAGAACUUUACCUCCCUGCUGUGUAUGGAAUAAAGCAUGCAGCAAAGCUGAUUGUUCAGCAGUGUUCACAUCUGCAACUUCUCAGGUGCUUCUCAUUUCAUCAUUCUUUGAAUGAUGAGAGCCUACUGGAAAUAGCCAAGGUAGCAUGCAAUGGAGGCUUCCAAAAGCUUGAAAAUCUUUCACUGAGUUCAAACCACAAUGUAACAGAAGCUGGUUGGACAAACUUCUUCCAAGUGCUGUUCCAUAUGCCCAGUUUAAAGGAAUUAAACAUCAGUCGCACGUACACACAGCAAAUCAAAUUGCAAGCAACAACAGUGAAGUCGUUUGUUCAGUGUGUGUCUAGGCUUCCCCGUCUUGUGUACAUUCAGUUUUAUGGCUGGCUGCUUGAUGCAGAAGACCUGAAAAUGUUUGAGACUAUGAAAGAACAACACCCCCAAUCCAAGCGUUUAAAAUUAAGCUGGCAAUGGAUGUUGCCCUUCUCACCAAUUUUACAAGAAUGAAACAAUUUUUUCUGUAUAUUGGGGUUUUUUUUCAAUUUCUUUAGAAAGAGGCACAUAGCACAGCAUCUUUGCAUAUUAAACCCUGGAAUUUUAAGCUUCAUAUCUGCUUAUAUUAAUUAAUAGGAAACCCUUUUCACAGACUGGAGGGAUUAAUAUAAGCCUUGCAAAGUACUUAGAUGUCUGACUGACAAGUGUAUUAAGCAUAAGCUUGUCAUAAAUAGUACAUUUUCAUGAUAUGCAUGCCUAUCGGAUGUUAACUCUGAACAUUUUUAUUGCCAUGCAAGGAAGUAUUUUUUGUAAAUGGAUGACAUGCCAACUAGAAUGACUCUGAAUUAAAGGUAGUAAUUUAAAAAAAACACUUAGUGGGCUCACUGAAAAAAUGAAACUUAAUGAAGAUUAGUAGAUGGGAUUUAUUAAGGCCUGCAAGAACACUUAAGCAAGGGGGAGUUUCUUUCCUUGAAGAUGUUGUAAGAGGUGUGCAGGUAUCCUAGACUGUAACUUUUCCUAUUCUGGGGGACUACUACAUAGUGACCCCAAAUUCAGGAUGAUGUCCAACUACUUGUUCCUGGCUAAUACUGCCACUUAGUUCAUGUUUUAAUUUAAACUGUUGAGAGAAAUACUGUAUAUAGAGACCUCAUAUGAACUUUAUUUUUAUUUUAAAUGGGCUUUUAAGUAUUUUUUUUCCUUUCUUAAGUAGGCAAUUUCCAGACCCACUGUGACCUUUCAACCAGUUUCACUUGACAAUACUUCACCUUGGGCAAAAAUAGAUGUAUGCUAAUACAAUAACUAAGAGUGCUUAAUAGUGAUGUUCUAGUCGUGAUGAUCCAGAAAUUAUGUGAGGCAAGGCUUUACUGACUUACUGGACCAACUAUGCAAUUGGAAUAAAGUUAGAAAAGCUUCUGAGUGCAAGAUAUUCUUUGUCAGAUCUCACUGACAAGGAAAGUUUUGCAUUCAAGUUUGUCUAACUUUAUCCCAACUACAUUUCUUUCAAUAGAAGGUAUCACCCUUAGAAAUCCUUACUACCUCACAGUAUUGUACUCAUGCGUGGUCACUGCCAGUGUUCCCUCUAAGGUGUAGCAGUUUGUGAGCUCACCAAAUCAGUCCAUUCCCAAAUUGGUCUGCCUCCACCUUUCGGCAUGUGCUGCUUCAGUCCACCUUGCAAUUGGUGUGUGUGUGUUCUCCCCACCCCCUGCUGCGGCUGGCAGGUAGGUAUGUGCAGGUCCCCUGUUGUUGCCCAGCAUGAUUUUUUACUGUGUGCAGCUGCACAUGCGCGCAGCUUAGAGGGAACACUGGUCACUGUACCUUUUAACAGAGACCAAACACUCAACAAAAUGCCUAAGCUUGUGUUAAUAUCCCACACUUGCUUACAUACCAAUGCAGUUGCCAUGUACAAGACUUUGUUCCUCUCUUUACUAGAUUGUAUAACAUUUCAACAUUUUCUUAAAAAAGCUUUUAUGGGUCACUUUUAGUAUGUACUUAGUGUGCAACAUGGAGUCUUUUUCCAAACUGCUGGGCUACUAUGGGUUUUUCAGACUGAUGCUAGCUAGUCUUUUGAUCUGAUCCACUUACACUUUCUAUAAAUUAUUUCACAUAUGAUUUGCCUAAUGAGAUGAGAUGCGAUGCUGUGAAAUGGAUAGAGUUAUGAACUCGUUAUGAAUUUUCAUAACCAUGAAAAUUAAAAUAAAAAGCCCUUAUGUCUCAGAUCAACGUCUGUGGGACAACUUAGUGUUCCUGAGUAAAAACAAAUUGAACUUUGUCCCAUCUCCCAGCAGUUGAACAUCCACCACCAUGUGGGACUGCAGGACCUCAAGCAUUUUGAAACUACUAUUUUAACCAUUUCCUCCACAAUUCUGUCCGCUUUUUAUUAACUGGGAAACAUUCCAGCCUCUUAUUAUUUUAGUCUCAGUAUGGUUUUUUUUAAUGUAAGCAUCUAUGAAGUCAUCACACAGGACAGAUGUAGAAAGUAAUGUCCCCAAUUUUCAUCAACCCUAAAUGCUGUCUCAGAAGACGAAUGAUCCAUGUAUUAUAUAGAAUCUUAAAUUAAGUAUCAGCUGUGAACUAAGUUAUGGUGGUCAAACUUCUAUUUAAAUGUUCAAUUAAUAGUUAUAUUCCGUGUUAAGAGAAAGGUUCACUAUAACCAUGUGUAAAACCAAUGAGGAAAUAUUAUUGGCCUUGAAGUUAUGACUGAUAUUGCCAUACUCUGUAGGCUUAAGUUAUUUAAUGAAAAUAAAAGGACUUU